AUGCAUCGAUCUCAUUAUAUUGAACUACGUCUUCUUUUAACUUGUUUUUACAUCUAUCUUAAUUGUCAAACUAUUCUACAUGUUAAACUAGUUAUUUUUCAUAACUCAUUGUUAUCAUCACCUUUUACACAUCCGUAUACAUAUAUUCAUAUUCGAGCUAUCAUCGGUGGUUGUGUUUCAUUAGUCUAUCGUUGUCUUCUUCUCUAUGCAAUAUGGCGUAAAAUGGCUGAUCUACUUUUAAUUUCAAUUAUUUUUUUGACAGCUCUUACAUGUCUUCGAAUAAUAUUCGAUUUUUAUGGUUAUUUUUCAGGUUAUAUUAAACAAUCAUUAUAUUAUCCUUUUGAUUCUUUUGAUAAAAAAUCAAUGGCAGAAGAAAUUAUUGAUUUAAUUUUUGCAUUAAUACAAAAUUCUUUUGGAUUAAUAUUAAGUAUUUAUAUGUUGGAUGGUAUUAUGAAUGAUAGCAGAGCAAGAAGAACAAUGAGAGAAUUGAAUCGUCAAUCAAUUCAAUCGGAACAAUAUUAA